GCGGGCGCCCUCCAGAGUGUCGCCCUACCGUCGCGCGAACCCCUCGCGUCGUGCCGCACCACCGAGCUUGUGCGGGUGGCCUACGGCUUGAGCCGGCCGCGUGCGGCAGACGCCGCGGUGGCCGCCUCGGCUGGUGCGUCGGCGGGUCCCCUGCGUGGGCCGAGGUCGGAGCAGCAGGCGAUUGUGGCCGAGCUGUGCCGCCGUGGUGCCGUGCUGGAGGCGGUGCAGUGCGUUGCGAAUUGGCAGCGGCGGCACCUGGCGCUCGCGGAGGCGGAGGAGGCGACGCCCGCCGCUGCGACUGACACGCGUGCUGGCGCCUUUGACGGGGUGAAGGCGGUGACGGCGGCGCUCUUCCCGUUUGCGCCGACGCGCGGUGCCGGCGAUGGUGCACGUGCGCGCAGCGGCGCGCCGGCUGGCGCUGACUGGGCGUUCGGGCCUCACUCCGCCCCGCGGAGCGGGCGACCGCCGCUGUACUCGCUGGCGCAUCUCCAGGUGAUCCGGCAAGUGGCGGCCAGCCACCCCGUCAUGCUCGCACAGUGCCUGCGCGGCAGGGGCGUCGUGGAUCGGCUGCUGUGUCACGCGGGCGAGGCGGUGGCUGCGGAGGUGGCCCUGCUGCUCCUGGGGCACAUCGCAGGCCUGGGCGGCGGCGUGGCGGAGCGGGGGCUGGCGGCGCCCAAGGGGGUUGCGUCUGCGGAGACGUGCUGGCGGGCACUGGCGGCGCUGCUCUUUCCUCUCCACCCGUGCAUCCACGCCCAGCCAAAGACCGGCAAGGAGAAGCUUCUGUCGGCGCUGCUUGCGGCGCUCGACGCGACGGCGCACAUGGGCGCUGCAGACCGCGUGCACACCGGCCGCACGUCGAGCGCUGCUGGCGGUGGGGGCACUGUAUCGCUGCCGGUACAGGGCGACGCGGGUGUGCGGCGCGGCGGCCGGACGCCCGUGGUGCUCUCCGACAGGGCGCGCAGCGCCAUCAAGGCCGCGGUGGAGUCCGUGUGCUCGCCGCUGCUCAGCCACGCGGCGCAGGUGCGCUUUAUUCGCCUACCCACGUUUGGCCAGCUGGCGAGGGCGCUCGGCGAUCUUGGCGUGGCUGUGCCGAACGCGCUGGCCCAGUGUCUCUUCCUGUGCAUGGCAGACGCGGCGGUGCCACCACCCGCCUCGGGCGCCUCUAGCGAUACUGUGGCCCAGUACCUCUCCUGUGACCCGCCGGGCCGCUGGCUGCACGCGCUGGCCAUGCUCGACGCCGCCCAUCGGGAGUCGGCGUACCGCGUCUCCGCCGCCCACGAGCGCGCGCUGCUCAGCGGCCUGCAGAGCAUCUCCAUCACGCGCACGUGGACGGCUGCCCUGCGCACGGUUGCCGCCUUGGAGGGGACGCACCAGGUACUGCCCGACGAGCGCACUCUGCCAACGCUCCUCCUCAACCUCAAGCAGCAGUCGUGGCAGAACGCCUUCCACGUGCUGCGGUACGUCCCUGGCGGGGAGGCCGACCGGGCCUCGCCAUCGGUCCUGCGUGACUUGCAGCUGGUUGCGCUCAAGCACGCUUCGUGGGUGGUCCCGCUGCGCCUCAUGGCCCACCUGCAGCGCCGCCAAGCCGACGGCUUCAUGAGCUACCUCUACUGCUUGUGCGCCGCGGCCCGCGGUGGGAACGCCGAGCUCGCUUUCGAGCACUUCCAGUCGCUGAGGCGUGGGCGGGGCCGGCACUCGGCGUUGCUUUUGCUUUCUCCGUACAAUGAGCUGACGGUGGGCGUUGCAGCGGUGGCGAUGCUGGACGGUGGCCACGAGGAGGCACUGGUGUCCUUCAGCACGCGCGUGGUGGCCAUGCGUGCGGCUGGUGACACAGCAGCACCAGCAGCCGAGGCGGCGGCGGCGUCGGGCCGCCCUCUGCUGACUGCUGGUGGGCGGGAGAUGGCUCAGGCGGCGCACGUGUGCGCGCUGCUCGCGCUGCAUCGCCACGGCGCAUUGGCGUCCUUCCUGACGGGGUGCGCGGCGGCGUCGCUGCCGGCGGUGCUGCGGCGAGUGGUGGUGCUGCAGUGCCUUCUGGGACUGGACCACCUGCGCGCGCCUGUGCGACUCGUCUUCGACGUGGUUGGCUACCGAGGCGGCACCCUGCAGGGGGAUGAGGUGCGUGAUCUGCCGGAUGCGGGCCAGAGCCCGCUGCGGGGGUUCCUCGUUGCUGUGGCGGCGGACCAGCAGGGCGGCGGCACCUUUGAGACGCGGCAACGCGGGGCAGCAGAGCGUCGCCAGCACCUGUACAUAUCCGUCGCGCACCAGAGACGCCAGAAGAAGGCGCUGGCGGCGGCGUGGGGGCUGUUCAUGCGGGAGCAGGAGGCGGUCCUGCCGCCACAUGUCGCUCGCCUCGUUGCGGAGUCGAUGGUGGAGGAGGGGGUGGGGGCUGAGUAUCUGACAGCGGCCCUGCUGUAG